CUCUGUCAUAUCCUCGGUCCGGCCAGAUCGCACAUUCGCAGGCCGUCUGCUCGGAACUCGGAAGCUUUUCUUCUCCCCUGCAUCUCCUUUCGCCCCGGCCUCUCCGGUGUACGGCUCCGACGCGAUGGCCGCUCCACUCCGGCGGGUCCUCCCGCCCUUCGGCCGCGCCCUCCUCUCGCCCACGCCGGCGCGGAUGCUCUCCGCGGAAGCCUCCGACGCUCUUGUGGAGAUCAAGCCCGGUGAGAUCGGCAUGGUAUCCGGCAUCCCCGAGGAGCACCUCCGCCGCAGGGUUGUAAUCUAUUCACCAGCUAGGACUGCAUCUCAGCAAGGUUCAGGCAAAGUUGGGAGGUGGAAAAUCAACUUCGUGUCAACCCAAAAGUGGGAGAACCCAUUAAUGGGAUGGACAUCUACUGGAGAUCCAUAUGCUAAUGUUGGUGAAGCAGGACUUACAUUUGACAGUGCUGAUUCAGCAAAAGCAUUUGCUGAAAAGCACGGAUGGGAUUAUGUGGUUAGGAAACGUCAUACACCUCUUUUGAAGCCCAAAACGUACGCAGAAAACUUCAAGUGGAAAGGUCCCCCGAAGACGGAGGAAGCAGCCUGAGCUGUCGACUUGCAUGUUGUGUGAAGACGAUCAUAAGAUGUUGUUUUCCCCUGCUGCCUCUGCUGUUUUUACUUGGAUUAAUACUUGUCGUGCAAUAUAUGGGCUGCAUAUCUUCAUCAAACAUGUAAUAAGCAUGCAUUGCAACACAACAAAAUACUUGCCCUCUCAAAUGUUUGUUAACUGAGCUUACUUGUACCACCAUGUGUUUGUAACUUUUGAGAACAAAAUCUGCACGUUGUUGUUGCAUUUGCUUA